AUAUAUUUUACACACCCAAACGACACGUCACUGCUUCUCUUUCUUUACUCUCUGCAAAAUUAAACCCUCUCUAAUGGCUACUAUCUUGUCUCUAUUAUUAUCACUCCCAUCACUACAGUUUCUCUCUCUAGAAUUCCCCCACUCUCUCUCUCUCUAGGGUUUCAUCUUUAACGGGAGUUUUCUACACCACUCAUACUUUUUCACUGUUGAACCAACAAUUGUUUUUUUCUUUUUUAGCACGGUUGUUUGUGUGUAGGUUCUCUCCUUUUUUGUUGUUUUGUUUAAGGUUGUUUUUUAGUGAAGUGGGAUGAUGUCGUCGAAUGUUUGUUUCAACAACAACUGCAAAGAGUUAGUUGAAAAGACAAGAAAAGGUUGGCGUCGUCGUACUGGAGAGUUUGCUGACUUAUGUGAUCGUUGCGGUUCUGCUUAUGACGAUGGCAAAUUUUGUGAGACUUUUCACCUCAACUCUUCUGGAUGGAGAUCUUGCGAGUCUUGUGGAAAGCAAAUCCAUUGUGGAUGCAUUGUCUCUUUCCAUACAUUCGUUCUGUUGGAUGCUGGAGGUAUUGAGUGCAUAUCCUGUGCUAGGAAAAGUUUUAUUUUGACACCAAAUCCUGCCUGGCCGCCACCUUCACUUUUCCUUCCUCUGCAGCCUGAAAGAAUUAAAGACGUCAACAAUUGGAAUCCGAUAGCUGGUUCUGGUCCUGUUCCAUGGCGUCAAGCACCGAGUUUAUUUAAUGGUUCCACCAUUCAAAAUGAGUUGCAGCACAAGGCAUCCUUUCUUGAAGCCACAGGUAGCAUCAACAUGCUUAGUCUUGGUGAGAGACCAUCUGCCUCGUCCUCUGAAAACAACAUUAAGGACUCCUGUGAAAAGUUGAUGAAUGGAAAGCUGAAGAUUGGGUUACCAGGAACACUUGAAAAUGGACAUGCUGGUCUUAAUCGUGAGGAGCCACCUAAAUCUUGUAUAAGUGGUCCACGACAAUUAUCUUAUGCAAACAAUGAUCUUUCUGCUCCCAGCUUUUGCUUGACAGUAGGUUCUGCUUGCAAAAAUGAACCAACUGAUCACAGUAAGGUUUCUGUUAGUGUGCCACAACAAACCACACUUUCAACUCCUUUGGGGAAGCAGCUUGGUGGUCAUGCUAAAGUGGAUUGUGCUGGAGAAAUGCAAGUGCGGAAUUCGAAAACCCGUGGAGAUGGGAGAGGAAAGCAUCAUUUACUUCCUCGUUACUGGCCUCGCAUAUCGGAUCAAGAGCUACAACAAUUAUCUGGAGUUUCAAAUUCUGUGAUAACUCCUUUAUUUGAAAAGAUGCUAAGUGCUAGUGAUGCUGGCAGGAUAGGACGGUUAGUAUUGCCUAAGAAAUGUGCUGAGGCCUAUUUUCCACCAAUUUCUAAUCCAGAAGGGUUGCCUCUCAAGAUGCAAGAUCUGAAAGGGAAGGAAUGGCUGUUUCAGUUCAGAUUUUGGCCUAAUAAUAACAGCCGUAUGUAUGUCUUGGAAGGGGUGACUCCUUGUAUACAGUCGAUGCAAUUGCAAGCAGGUGACAUAGUAACAUUCAGUAGGAUAGAACCAGAAGGAAAGUUGGUCAUGGGGUGCAGAAAGGCUUCAACUAUUACCGCAGAUCAGGGAAGUGAAGCUUGCAGUAGCGGCAACGGUGUUGCUGCAAACGGGAAUGUCAGUACUAAAAGUACUAAGUUCUCUGAAGAAGUUCCGGCAAAUUCUACUAAAAAAGGCUUUUCUUCAAUCACUCAUGUUGCUGCAGCAGAUUCAACAAGUGCCAGGGCUGAAACUAAAGUAUCGGAUGAUUUGGUUAAGGAAUCAUUAGGAAACAAUCGUUCUAUUUGUUGUAAGAGGAAGGGUAGCACCCCGGGUUCAAAAAGCAAACGACUGAGGAUUGACAAUGAGGACUUGAUAGAGCUGAAGGUCACAGUGGUACAAGCCCAAGGGUUGAUGCGUCCACCUUCAAGUGGUGCUUCAACAGUAAUUGUGAUAGAAGGCUGUGAAAUUGAAGAAUACGAGCAGGAUGCACCAAUUAUUGGAAGGCCCACAAUCCCUCAGAUAGAUCAUUUGGGUGAAAAAAUACAGUGGGUACAAUGUGAGGACUGUUUCAAGUGGCGAAAAGUUCCUGACAGUGCUGUCCUUCCAUCGAGAUGGAUCUGUUCAGAGAACUCAUGGGACCCCGAGAGGUCUGUGUGUUCAGCAGUUCAAGAAUUAACAGCAGAUCAUCUGAGGGACCUACUACCUCAUAAUAAUAAAGCUUCCAAGAAAAAGAAGACUUCUAAACAGGAAAUGGACUUGGUUGAGCAUCUGGACGGGCUUGAUGCACUUGCUAAUCUCGCUAUCCUAGAAGAGGGAGAAACUCUUCCAGCAUCAUCACAAGCCACAACAAAGCACCCGCGUCAUAGACCUGGGUGUACAUGCAUUGUCUGCAUUCAGCCCCCAAGUGGAAAAGGUCCUAAGCACGAGCAAUCAUGUGAUUGCAUCGUCUGUAAAUCAGUAAAGCGUCGUUUCAAAACAUUGAUGUUGAAGCGUGAAAAAAAGUUAUCAGAGAAAGAAGCAGAAGCAGAAGUUGCUUGUCAAAAGCUGCAGCCGCCAUUGGCUGGUCAAUUGCUUGAUGCUGAUGACAUUCAAGAACCUAUUGAAGAUGCAGGGCAUUUUAGCCCACAGCAUCGAGAGCUGAACAAUGAGGGUUCUGUUGAUGAUCCCAGUUACCUUAAUGAGAAGAAAUUUUCUGCUUCACCAUAUAAAGGUGAAAUUGACCUGAAUGCUAAGCCAGAGAGGGACGACGAGCUUUCACCAGGCUCCGAUUCUGGCAGCAUGAUGCGCAUACUCCAAGAUGCUGCAGAGCAAUACGUCAGGCAUUGUGGGAAUGGAAGUUUCGUGGGUAACCAGAAAAAUGGAGAUGGUGCUGGGGAGACAAAUCCGAGUAAUUGUGUUAUUGUUAGUGGUAGUCAUCAAACUGAUGUAGAUCAUAAUAGGCCUUUACCCAUAGGCACUGCUGCGUCUUUGGCACCUAAUGACCAGUAGGAUGCUCAUAAAUUAGCUGUGCUAUAUAAAAUAUCAGAGUUACUGUGCAGCAUAGGGGUAACUUAUAUAUUUUGGCUUUGCUGGCGUCUUGCAUUGCCAGACUGUACAUAGUAGACGUAAAAACUGAUGCAAUCUUUCCACAACGCACAGGUUACUUUUUCAAUGGGUGCGCGGUGCCUUAAAUAUUAUUAUAAAUGCUGGAAGGUUUGGGAGUUCAA